AUGGAAGAUACCAAAGUUGAAGAUGAGAAGAAUGUAGGUUUAUUAUCCUCUGGAUAUCUCGAAUCCCAAAAGAUUGUUUUACCUAAGGACGUUUUCAGAAAUGGCUUUACUUGGUUCUGUUAUGAGACUUUCAAGUCCCUAGCCUUCCGUAUCUGGUUGCUAUCAUGGCUACCAGUUACAACAUGGUGGAAAAUGUCGACUAAUUGGAUUUAUCCAUUUUUGGCUACUAAUCUUCUGAUUUUAUGUGUAUUUUUUUUGCCUCUUAUUCAAAUGUUGUGUCGUAAACGUACCUUAUCGAAAAAUCUCACCCAGUUUUCUAAAGAAAUCAUUGCAAACUCUCCAGGUACCGACGUCGAAAACUGGGAACCUAUUGCAGCAAAUCUCAACUCAUAUAUGUAUGAAAACAAAUUCUGGAAAACCAAGUACUUUUUUUAUGGUGCUUGGAACUGCCAAGAGGCAUUCAGAUUAGCCAUUUUAGAGCCAUUUUCUGUGAAGAAAGAUGACGAUUCAAAGCUCAAGUCAUUUAAAGAUUCAGUUCCUUACAUCGAAGAAGCUUUGGAAGUUUAUUUUACAGAAGUGGAUAAACAGUGGAAGUUAUUUGACACUGAGAAGGCGUGGAACCCUGUUAACUUGGAUGACAUUCAGCUUCCCAAAGAAACCUAUCGGUUUAAGCUUACUUGGGUUCUCAAGAGGAUUUUCACUCUUCAAUGCUUACCAUUAUUCCUUCAUUCUUUGAACUGUAUCUACAUUUCAUGGCAUUACGGCCUUCUAUUUCGCAUCCCAUACCUUGGAUGCAUCUUUCUCAUGAAUAUGCAUACUUUCCAAAAUUUGCGAGGUGCCUCGAUGAAAAACGAACAUAAAAUGCAAUUUUUGUCAUCUAUCAUAAAUGAGAGAGAAAUCGGUGCUAAUGGGUGGGAUCACAUCGCAAAGAGAAUGAACAGAUAUUUGUUUGAGCAGAAUGUUCGGAAGAAUGAAGAUUUUUUCUUUGAUGGGAUUGAUUGUAAAUGGUUUUUUAACUACAGCCUCUGCAGCCAUUUAUCUUCCAAGAAAACACUUUCGCACGUACCAUUGGAUGUUGAGCUAUGGCCAUACAUUCGGGAAGCACAAUCAUCCUGUACCGAUGAGUCUUCGGUGCAGAUAUGA